AUGGUUGGGACUUUUGAGCUUUGGCUUUGCAUUAAAUUACCAAUUGAUGGCUUGUCAAAAUAUGUGGACACCUAUCAGACGUUAGAUUACUACCCCGUAAGUAGUCGAGUGAGGAGAUCAGUGUAUGGUUCAUCAUCGCCAAUCGAACUGAAGUUUGCUUUCCACAACAGGACUUUUCAACUAGAGCUUACGUACGUAGACGAUGAUUCAUCGGUUUUUGAUAAGGAUCUUGUGAUAUUACAUGAUGGAGUCCCAGUGUCUGUUGACCGCCAAAACUUUUUGGUUAAGGGUCAUGAAAAAAGCGACCGGGAUUCUGUUGUUUAUGGGUCACUUUUAGACGGGGUUUUUGAUGGACAUAUUCAGUUCAGUAAUGGUGAAUCUUUCACGGUUGAUAAAGUUGGGAAGUACCUUCCUUUACAUAAAAGGCAGAAGAAAUUUCAUUCUAUAAUUUACUCAGAUAGUGCAAUAAAUCAUCCUAAAUUUCGAAAGAAAAGAUCAACAGAAAAUGAGGGCAUUGGAGGUUGUGGUCUUACGGAGGAGAUAAAGCGUAAAAUGGAAAAGAUUCAGAAGAGCAUGGUUAAUGAAGAUUUAGAUGAAGAACAGUACGGUGGUCAUCGUACCUUUAACAGUUUUUUUGGUAAUUUUGUAAGGAACAAACGUGAUGCUAUGCCGGAUGUUAAGUACAUUGGUACAUACCCAAUUCAUAAUGUCAGGACAUGCACCCUUUACAUCCAAAUUGAUCAUACACUAUACAGAAUGAUUUAUUCGCAGGAAGGCAACCAAGAUAAUGUCAGGACAAGAGAAGAGAUUAUAAAUAUGAUUAAUUCCCAUAUGCAAACGUUAAACAGCAUAUACGGAAACACUGAUUUUGAGGGAAUCAGAGGGAUCAAUUUCGUUGUCCAGCGCAUAUCAAUUUUCUCUCCGGAUACUUGUUUUGCUAACAAACCCGCUGGUAAUCAGUCCAGGAAUGAACCGAACCCCUAUUGCAACGAGCAUAUUGAUAUUUCGAAUAUGUUGAAUUUGAAUUCGAAGAGCAAUCAUUCUGAUUUCUGUCUGGCAUAUGUUUUCACCUAUCGUGAUUUCAAUGGUGGUACUUUGGGACUUGCUUGGGUGGCUGCUCCAAGUCAAUACGCGAUGGGAGGUGUUUGUCAUCAACAUUGCAAGUGUGCAGAAGAUUCAUCGUAUGAUUUUCGGUCACUCAACACAGGCGUCGUAACUCUAAUUAAUUACGGGAGUAGGAUUCCUCCUAGGGUUUCCCAGUUGACUCUGGCACAUGAAAUUGGUCACAAUUUUGGAUCACCUCAUGAUUACCCUGCCGAAUGUCAGCCUGGUUUACCUGAUGGUAACUACAUAAUGUUUUCCUCGGCCACUUCUGGAGAUAAGAUAAAUAAUGCCAAGUUUUCAAAAUGUUCUAUUGCGAAUAUAAGUGCUGUAUUAAGAGAAAUUCUGAAACACCCGCCAUAUUUUGAUGAGAAUGCGGCUCCGCGGUUCUUUAGUCACUCUGGGCCUACGAGGAGGAACUGUUUUAGACCUUUGAAACAGUCAUUCUGUGGCAACCAGUUAAAGGAAUCCGGUGAGGAGUGUGAUUGUGGUUAUUCUCAAGCUGAAUGUGAUUUAAUGGAAGAUUCUUGCUGUCAUCCUCAUGAAGCAGGUCGUAGAGGUUGUAAACUUAAAAGUGGUGCAAAGUGCAGUAUAUCUCAAGGAGUUUGUUGCGAAGUAUCAAGCUGCGAAUUCACACAGGCGAACAUGAAGGUUUGCCGAACUGCGUCUGAUUGUUUGGAUGCACAAAGUUGUGAUGGCAGAAGCGCAGUUUGCCCGCCAUCUACGCCUAAACGUGAUGGUACGUUGUGCCGAGACUCAACUAAAGUUUGUGAUUCAGGGAACUGCAAUGGGUCUUUAUGUUCCUAUUUGGGCUUAAAAGACUGUUUCCUCACCGUUGGCACUCCGGAACAACUUUGCCACUUCGCAUGUGAGGAUGCAAAUGGAACUUGCAGAUCCAGUUUUGAAUUGAGUCAGUUUGCUCCAGGCAACUUUAAUCAGAGCAACAGAGAAGGGCUGCCCGGUUUAGUGCUUUUACCGGGGUCUCCUUGUAAUAAUUAUAAAGGCUAUUGCGAUAUUUUUCGAAAGUGUCGCAGUGUUGAUGCUGAUGGACCUCUUGCCAGAUUGAAAAAUGUCAUCUUCAACCCGCGAACAAUAGCGGAAGUCAAGUCUUGGAUACAAGUGAAUUGGUGGAUUGUGGUCCUUGCUGGACUUGGACUUAUGCUGUUCAUGGCUGCAUUCAUAAAGUGUUGCGCUGUCCAUACUCCCAGCACCAAUCCUAAUAAGCCACCAGCAUUAAGUAUAUAUGAAACGCUGAGGCGUCCUAAGAACCUGAUCUACUCUCAACGGCGUGGCCGUUCUGCUGCAGAAGCUCAUGUAUUUUGUUGUUUAUUACGUGGCCAAAAUCAUGCUCCUGCUCGCAGGCACAGGCGCCACUCUAGAAACAAAACAGCAGAGCACUCAUCUGCUCUGCGUAGUAGUUCUACAGCGGUUCCCACUGCUCCACCACAAAUCCCAACGAAUGUUGUGGUUGUUGAACCACCUCCUCCGUAUUCAGCGUCUUCCGACCCAGGUACUUCUCUUGGAGGCCCGAAAAGAGGUCAUCGAAAAAACAUAAGGAAAGCAGAACUCGUUCGACUUUGCUUUCAUUUCCAGUUUCACUCACUCUUCCAGUUCACUUUGCCAGUCGAGAACACAGUGUUCUUUUGUGCUAUUCCUGAUGUUGUGUAUACGGAGGACAGGUCAAAAACCACUGCCCCAGUCUUUCGCACUAGUCUAGGUGCCCGCGUGGCAGUAGCCGUUGAAGCUCUGUCCGUCCGUGUUUCUGCCCGAGAGCGAGAUUGGUGUUGCGCCUUUUGCGGGCGAGGUAAACAAACACUCGUGACUUAAGC